AUGGACGUGCAAGCGUUAAUUUGUGAAGUUUUCCAACGUUCAUCUCUUUGGGACCAAAAAGAUGCAAAUCAUCACAACAGAUUUGUGUUGGACAAGUUGUGGGAUGAGGUGGCGCAAAAAUUAAACACAACACGUGCUACAGUUAGGGCGAAGUGGAAGUCACCACGUGAUAAAUAUAGGACCACUCUGGCUUCAAUUCCAAAACCACGAUCUGGUGAUCGUGGAGGACUAUCAUGUAAGGUGCAAUGGACGUAUUUCGCAAGUCUGGGAUUUUUAAAAGAUCAGUUUACCCCAAGACUAUCUACAGGCAAUUUGCCAGAAACAAGAGAACUUGACGAUAUAGACCCGGAUAUUGAUUUAGAUAACGGAGAAGAUGGUGCUUCGCAAGAAACUAACAUUUCCACGAGUGAAGGGAAUGAAGACUCUAUAGAGCAACCUGCUUUUGAUGUCAUUGGGCGACCAUCUUCUUCUCAAAGUUCCACAGCAGCACCAUUCAUUUCGCGACCAUCUUCCUCACAAAGCUUCACACCAACACCAUUAACUACUAAUACUAUUGACAAUCAUACUCCUGCAAAUACACGAAAACACCGUGCUACCGUUGACAUAGGGUCACAGCUGAUUCACCUGGAACAACAAAAACUGCAGUACCUAGAAGACAAAAAAAAUCAAAGAAAGACAGUCGAGUUGGGAAGAGAUGACGAGGACUUGAACUUUUUCAAAAGUUUAUUGCCUCAUGUAUCAAAAUUGUCACCUCUUGACAAAAUGGCGUACAGGAUGAGAGUGCUCCAAGUUACUCAAGAGUUCCUAGGCGGUCAUCGAUGGAGUUCUAACAACAAUACUAUUAACAAUGAAACAGGAAUAGCAAACUCUCCAAACGCUGUUCGCUCUGUUAUCACAUCUUUUUGCGACCAGGAUCAAUCCUUUCUUACUACACUAUGA